AUGGAGCAGUUGGCUCAACAAAUCGCCGCGCUCCAGCAGCAGCAGGCGCAGACGGCGGCAACACACCGGCAGGAGAUGCAGCAGCUCGCGACGCAGCUCGCCGACGCCCGCCGCGAGACGCAGGCCGCGGUCCUCCAGAUCACGGAGGCGAGGCGCCAGGAGGAGCAGGCCAACAACGACAGGAGGGCGACCCUGGAGUUGGCCCUCCGCGUCGCGAACCGCGGCGGGAACGAGAUCAUCGACGCGAAGGGAGUAGGACAGCCAGGAAAGUUUUCCGGGAAGGAAGAGAGCGAGUUCCAGGAGUGGGCGCACAAGGUCGUGUGCUUCAUGUCGGCGAAGUUCGGCCCGGACUUCACUGCUGCCCUGAAGUGGGCGUCGUCCCAGCGGAAGAAGAUCACGAACGACGGGGACGGGGACAGCGUGAACUUCAUGGACGCCUUCGGCGAGGACAUCGUGGACUUGGAGGCGAAGGCGGCCAACCUGUACACGUACCUCGUGUCGUUCACGACGCACAGCGCCAACAAGGUCGUCAGGAACGCCGGGCAGCACCAAGGGCUAGAAGCCUGGCGCCGUCUCCACGCCGAGUACGACCCCACGUCGGCGAUGCGCCAGGUCGUGAUUCUCGGCAAGGUGCAGAACCCAGACAAAGUGGAGAGCAUCGACAAGCUCGGGCAGGCUCUCGAGGACUGGCUGAUGAGGAAGCGCCAGUACGAAGAGUUCACGGACCGAGACGGGCAGCCGUGCAAGGUCAGCGAGGACUCCCUGAUUGCCGCCAUGUACAGGUUGGCGCCGGCGGACCUGGAGACGCAGUUGAUGUUCAACGCUGCGGAGGACGAGACCUUCGCGGACAUCUUCAACAGGCUGAGCAGCUACGCCUCGACCAAGCACUCCCUGAAGUUGGACGCCAAGCAGAAGAACACGAGGCGAGGCCCGGACGACAUGGACGUCGGCGCGCUGACCCCGCAGCAUCGGCCGGGCUCCAGUGCUGGAAGUGCAGCAAAAUGGGUCAUUACGGCAAGGAUUGCAGGAUGCUGGACGUGCGGCGGCAACCACAAGCAGGUGGACUGCAGGUACCAGUCAGGCCCCAAGGGCAGGGGCGGCAAGACCAUGAGCUCGCUCGACGACUGGCCGGCUGACGUCCCGAUGCCCUGGUGGAACCAGUCCUCCGCCACCGAGCCGGAGGCGGAGCAGAACGGCCUCGACAUCAGCGGGAUCGACGAUAAGAAGAGAUCAAUGUCAUCAUUGUCACCUUCCCCCUCCAGACCUCCAUAUCGGAUCCGGACUGGGAGCGACGAGUGGCUGCGCAUCAACUACGAUACGGGCGCGGCCACUACUGCGUUUCCCUUGGAGUUCGGCGACGAGCUGAACUUGCAGAAGAAGGGCGAGUUCCGGGUGGCUUCCGGCGACGUGAUUCCGGACUUGGCCGCGUCCGGGUGCCAGGUGUCCAAGGGCCACGACUCCUUCAUCUGGCACAACGGCGGCGCGCUGGUGCCUAAGCACCACCCGGUGGCAGUGGGCAUGCGGCGUGCCUUCAACGAGCUGACCCGGUAUUACGGCAGGGAGGAGAUCUUGCCGCUGUACCGUGAGGGCCAGCUCUACAACUUCUACAUCAAGCAGAACGGGAAGCCGGUCAAACACGACGGCAUCAUCUUGGCGCCGCUCGAGAACCCGAUCGCGGGCACCACCUACGAGGACGACUGGAAGCAGGACGGCAUCAUGAAGGAGACCACCCGGUUGUACGACGGCCGAGUGGAGUUCGAGAGGACCGACGGCGAGUGGAGGUCCUUCGAGGUGAAGCGGGGCGGCUACACGCAGAGCCCGCUGGGCAUGGACCCGGACCCCAAUCGGUGGACGGGUCGGCGCAAGACUGUGGUCACGGCGGUCUGGGAGAGAUCCGCUGGCCCACAGAUGUCCGCGACUGCAGCGCAGCAGCUGGCAGACGACUGGCAGGCGGCUCAGGAUCCGAACAUCAUCGAGGAAUUCAAGAGGGUGCGGGCCGCGCGAGGCCCGACCCGGGCUCAAAAGGAGGAGCACGAGGAGCAGAAUCAUGCGGUGUACCGGUCGUGGUGCCCCGUCUGCCGGGUUGCCAGGGCGACCGGCACGCAGCACCGCGUUGAGGUAGAGAGGAGCGCGGACGAGGAGAAGGAAGGCCCACGCAUUUACAGCGACUACUUCUUCAUGAGCACGGACGAGACCUCGGCCCCGCACCUGAUCAUCAAGAGUUCGAGGUCAGGGCGACUUUAUGCUACUUCGAUUCCGGCGAAAGGCGUGGCUGAGUACAGCGUGAGGUUCUUCGGCAACACGGUGCACGGGACCGGCCUCAAGAAGUACAUCAACCACAGCGACAACGAGCCGGCGCUGGUUGCGCUGAAGGAGGCGGCAGCGAAAUCUUGCCCAUCAGCGGAGGCCAUUCCGAGGUCGGCGCCUGUGGGAGACCACCAGGCCAACGGCAGCAUCGAGGUGGGCGCGCGCGAGGUCAAGCGCCAAAUGCGUGCAACACGCCUGGCGUUGGAGCAGAAGCUGGGGCACAAGCUGAACGAGAGCGACCCUAUGCUGAGCUGGAUCGCGGGCUUCGCGGCCGACACCAUCGCGAAGUACCGCAGGGGCAGCGACGGCAAGACCCCGUAUGAGCGGGAGACGGGGCGGAAGUGGAAGAAGCCGAGCAUCCAGUUCGGCGAGAAGAUUGCCCUCAAGGUGGCACGAGAACGAGUUGGACGACCUAAACGUGAUUGGGAGCCGGUGACGGUGGACGCGCGCUACAUCGGCGACCAUGCGCGGACUGGAGCAGUAUUGGGUCUCAGCUCUGACGGCGUGGUGCAGGGCAUGGCAUUUACACGCCUGCCGGCUGCUGAGAGGUGGAGCUACGCUGGCUGGGAUCAACUGCGAGGAGUACCAUGGGAUGUACAGGCGCCACGGGACGCAGCACCCGAAGGCGGCGCGGAGCCGGCAGCGGCCGUGCCGGUACCGGUCGCUCCGCCGGCGGUGCCCGAUGUGGUGGCACCGAGAGCGUUCUACGUACGCAAGAAGGACGUGCUUAAGUAUGGGCUCACGGCGGGAUGCCCAGGGUGCCAGGCACUGGCACGAGGCGCUGGCGCGCAGACGCACGACGCGGCGUGCCGGAAGCGCAUCAUGGAGCAGGUGGAGAAGGACGACGAGAGGAGGAUCUCGGCGUUCCGAGAACGUGUGGAAGCUCAGCGACAGGAGGCUGGAGCUCAAGCGGGCCCUGGACUAGGACAGGCACAGGCCGAUCCAGGCCAAAAUCUCCAGAGGCCUCCGGGGGCUGCGGGUAGCUCCGCGCCUGCGGAGGCACAGGCCGAUCCAGGCCAAAAUCUCCGGGGGCCUCCGGCUGCGGGUAACGCCGCGCUUCCGGCGGCCCAGCAGGGUGCUUCGGACUCGCCGAGGGUCAAGAGGAGUGGAAGCGAUGCCGGAUCGCCACCGAAGGUGGCGAAGUGGACGGACACGGGAGGCGGCCGAUAUAAGCGGAAGGCCGACGACCCAGGCGACGAGGAGCGCUUGGAGGAGAGGCCAGGGACGGGCGGUUCGCCGGGGAGCGGAGGCCCCGGCCAGGAUGCUCCGGCUAGCGAGCUUAUCGUGCUCCCUCCGGAGGUGAGCCCGUCAGGUAUGACCGACGUGGAGCAGGCGGUCCAGUCCACGACGCAGGACGUGGAGGUAGACUCGCUGGACGUCGCGGUGGAAGAUGAGCGAUGA